AUGAAGUCCGCCGUCAUCUUCACGCUUCUGGCUGCCAUGGCCACUGUCAACGCUCUAGUCACACAUGAUCUCAGACCUAUAUCGAUUGGAUCGGAGGAGAAGGACUGUCCCAAGUACUGCCUCGACAUCGAUGACCCGGUGGGUGAUGAGGAAGGCAACAUGUACUCGAACGAGUGCUACAUGAAGCGAGCCAAGUGCGCGAAGAACAAGCCAACAGAUCCUCCCUUCUGGAAGAACUUUAAGUUUUCUAACGAUGGCUCCACCACCCAAGAGACCCCCAAAAGGAAAUGCUCCAGUGGCUGCCCCGAUGUUGAGCUGCCUGUCUGCGGCUCCGACGGUGUCAGAUACGGCAACCCAUGCGAGCUUAAGAUCGCCGCCUGUGAGCACCCCGAGCUCAACAUCGUCGAGGCUGUGGGUAUGGGUUGCAGGAAGUCGAGGGUGCAACUUCACUAG